AUGGAGACAGAACACCUUUAUUUCUUCAAAAAGGCAGAAGACCAGAAGGAGGUCGAGGAUGAAGUAGCCUCGGUAAUCAAGAGAUACCCCAAGGCGUAUGCUUCCCAUGAAGUGUACGCUUUUGCGGGGGAUAAUACAAUGUGGAUGAUGACAGACCUUGAACUCCGUACUCCAGAUUCAAGCUCCCUCGACGAAAAGGCCAUUGUGAAGGAGGCCAGACGGAAAGAAGGCAUCAGCUAUUUAGGAUCAGGACCUACGUUGAACGAUUCAAAUUGCAGACUCGUUCAGUGCGUCACGGAAAGACAACUGUUGAAUGUGGACCCUCUAGAGGCUUUGGGAGACAAUGCUUUGAACACUCCUAUAGACGAUAGAGCGCUUUAUGAGCUUUACUGUCUUUGGGUUGGAAAAAAACGAAUUCCUUUCCAGCCCGGUAUCACCAGAAAGUCGGUUUUCAGCUGGCAUGAUAUUCGAAGUCAGCCUUCAUCGACAGUAGUUGUUGAACCACAAGAUUCGAAAAACGACCAUCCCAUCGAGGCCACCCUAAUGGUGGACUACAAUUUUGACCAGGACGUGGAGUUUUCACAGCUAUCCAACGUUGUGUGUCCGGGCAAAAUGAUAACAGACUUUAACAUCCGAUUGCACCUGAAGAAACCAGCAUUCUGUGGUUGUAUACGGGGCAUAGUGUUGAGGAGAAUUGUGGUGAAACUCAAGGAGUUCACGAGCUGUAAAGUUCCCGUGAACGGCACAUUUGCUGUUUGCAAAGACGUUAAAGAUGAGACUUUGCGGGAUACAAAGUUCAAGUUUUCUAUUUCACCAGACCAUUUCGAUAGAACCCCCGGUGAAGCAUCUGUUGUGAUUCAUUCGAAAUUCCACGAAUGCCGCCUUCCAUACCUAGGUCCCAGCUUCAGUUCAGAAAACUGCUCGAGAACAUACGCCCUUCAAUAUGAGGUUUCUUUUGAGUGUACUUGGAGAAUUUGUUCUUCGAGGUUCGUUGCUCUUAUUGGCAUAGGCGUACCAGUGCCCGAAAGAGUAAGAGAUUUGCUUCACGUUGAUACAUUUCCGAAAUCGCCGUUGGUGAUGCAAGAUGUCAGAAGAAACACCGAAAAAAGAACAUCCAGCACCAAAGCUGGUAUAUUGGGAUACCAAACUAUAUCCGUUUCAGACAAGAAAGGAUCGGUCUUGACCACCACCACUAUCUCAUUGCUCGAUCCUCCCGCCAAGACCGAAAAGCCCUUUUCGUAUCUCGAUGUCAAAAUCGACCCUGCCUGUGCGUUGGUUUAUCGAAAAGACGGAUACUCGCUUUGUUCUGGUUCUCAGGUCAAGCUUGAGAAGUCACUCUGGUUGUCUCUCUAUGACAGCUACGACUUCUUGCCCAAGAACCCCAACUACUUUGUCCUAGUGGUUCAAAAAGAGGAGGUGGUACCGGGAAUGCGUUUUGAGGAGGCGUUUAAAAUUAGCAUCAUUACAGAAGAAGCUAAGCCUUUGGGCAUCAGCAAUAUAGAUAUAACGAUUGUUGAGAAGACAGUCAUUAUGGAAGGACAAAAGCAGCUGUGCACUGAGAGGAGUUUUCCAUUGUUGAAGAAGUGUCUCGGAAUAUUGUUUGGUGUUUCUCUUCCUUGGCACCCUUCUGGGAAUAAGCAAUAUGAGUAUCCUCUCCCAGGCGAAAUCACAAAAUGCCAGAUCCCCAGACUAGCGCCAUCGCUAGCAUCGAGUACAAUGCACAGGGACUACUUUCUUGUGGUGACGAUAACACCAGAUUGGAUGACGCCGUUUCUUUCAAAACUUGCGGCGAUAGAGCGGAUUGAUGUCGUUGGUGAGGAGACGGAGGCUCUUGAGGAGAAAUUAUGGGAGCUUCUUUGA